AUGCCUCUCGCCUCGGCGCAGGAACAAGCAAACACAGCCGAGCAGAGAUACCUGGCAACUAUCCAGCGACUGGAGCGCGAAGUAACGGACAAGAAUGCGCAGCUGGCAAGCUACGCGGGUCGCCAGCUGUUGAUCGUGAGUGAGAGCAAGACGCUGCUGCAGGAGCGUGACCAGUAG